GCCAUGUCAACGAAUACCUGCUAAAGCUGUAUUGGCUGUCUUCACAGGGCUAUUAGUUUAUGUCAGACUAUAAAGACUCACUUUUUCCCCGAUGCGGAAAGCACUCUUGGACUUCAUUCGUGCUUGAGCAAUUUUCGCCUCGUAUUUGGUCUUUGACGGCAACGCGAGAACACCCGACAACUUUUAACGCUAUCGCCCAAAUACUUUUCACCGUCAUGCGUGGGCUUCUGGACGCCUCCCUUCUCCUUGGCCUGACGUCGGCGGCCGACGUCUCUCUCUUACUCUUCAGUGACGCACAGUGCACCGGAGAUAUCAUCAGCAACGUUCACUCAAACCCGGCGAAUGAGCAUGCCGGGAGCGGCUGCAUUGCCACAAGUACAUUCCAGUCAGCUGGGCUUGCCAGUGUCGAUUCAGGCUUCAAAUGUAAUGUUUACGCAGACACUGCCUGCCAAAACUUUCUGGCCUCCGUCGAAUCGAUCUCUCAAUGUGAGACCCUCAUCGGGCGGGGCGCCAUCUGCUUCAGCCAAGAGUCUUUUGAAAACCCACUUGCGAACAUCAAGGCUCAAGUCAGCAUUGGCAGCUCUAUAGUACACUUCAACGAAGUCAAGUCCUUCGAAAUUACAGACGGGGCGCUUAAGGGUGCUUGCGGCGGCACUGGCUGCGACCCAAAUGCGCCAUUCAAGAGAACACUUAAGAACUUCCCUGGGUCCAGCAAGUGCAUAGUGACUGGCACUGCCCGCGGUAACUACGACAACACCAACGAGCGCGAUUAUAUGACACAGCUUAUCUCGACGUCUGCGCUCACGGCAGGCUCUGUUGACCAUGCGUCUGUUGACGGGUUCGGCAACCCAGACCUGGCCGAAGCUCAAAUGCCAGGCUUCAUCCAGGUGGUUCUCCAAGAUGAUGCGGGAAACAACAAGGCGCAGAUGGAAGUGUCGAUUGAUGUUUCCUGCUCGAAGCCAUCAAAUCCUGGCUGCGGUUCAUUUGCGGCUGACGCAGUAAAAACUGCUCUCGAAAAAGUUCCUGCCGUUGGAGGAUUGCUGGCCUCGGGUUUUGAUGUUAUUUGCAAUGCGGGGGCCUAGGGAUCAGGGCGGUUGUCAAAGGAGAGCCAUGCAUCGUUCAGAGUAGAUUCCUUUAUAGUUUGCAAGUAGUCUCAUAGUAUUCGAACUUAUAUCCUACCGAGCUGAAACUAAGAUAAUGGUAAAUAAGAUCCGACUCGUCAGAAAGAGCAGGAAUUGUCUUUUGAGGCGAAAGGAGGCAGGGGUACCCUAUACUAAUAAUUACAAAACUAACUCUACUAGAGUGGCGCCUCGUCCUCCCGCUGACGGGUAACAAGCUUGAUACGAUGCGCCGUAUGUGCCGGCGAUAUGCUGGAUAGUGCGGUCUGUUGACACUUUUCGCAGACAAUGACAUUUUGUAAUUAGUGUGGAGAUAGACUGCCUUAGCUCAGCACGUCCAGUGCC